CACGCAUCACAGGAGAGACGCACACUUGAACAGUUGGGACCUUUCUCCACAACGUGAAUACAGAAUGUCACUUAGGUUGAUUUUGGGAUUGAUGAGGACUCGGGUUUAUACAGUUUAUACCUAAAUGAAAUCGCGCGCAGGUGUACAGAAAAUAGGUCACCCGGAGCAGACGGAAGGUGUUGUAGUUCAGGUGAUUUCACAAGGACGGCUGGAGGGGCUGAACUGAGAGAUGGCUGAGGCAGAAUCAACAUCCUGGUUCUUCUUGGAGACGUCCUUCUCCUGCUCUCAGCUCCUCUAUGAGGCCUAGUGAGGUCUGGGAGUCUACCAGACCAAACUGACCAAUCAUCACACCUGUCACAGGUGCAGAGGGGGUGGCUAAUAUGCCUGUGUUCCGAAGAAAAGUGAGCAUGCUCUGUGUGACGAUAACCCUCAACAUCUUCCUAUGCCUCCUGGUUAUCAUCUCGUGGAACCCCAAGCGUGACAGAAGCGAGAAGAUCCGUAUCCCAUCAAAGAAGUUUUGGCACCAGCAGGUUCUGAGCAAAUCCUUCUGGAACCGGGAGCAGCAGCGCCUGGACUUUUUUUACAACCCCGUCCUGAACUCUGUGCUCUCUGGAGGCGACUCUCUUGUCGAGCUGCCUGAUUGGCUAAAUGAUACGGGGCCACUCGAUCCUUGUGUGCCAGAUCCCAGAGUCCCCGCGCAAAUCUCGGACUACAACUCCCUGCCGCAGCGCUUCCAGGAUUUUCUAUUGCACAUGCGCUGCAGGACAUACCCCAUGCUGAUUAAUCAGCCACAUUUGUGCGAUGAGAAACCCUUCCUGCUUCUCGUUGUGAAGUCUCUGAUCCCGCACUUUGACCGGCGGCAGGCGAUCAGAGAAACAUGGGGCCGGGCGGGGGUCGUAGCCAACCAGACUGUGGCUACCAUUUUCCUGCUAGGCAACACUUUAUCUUCUGACAACUUCCCAGACCUCCUUGGGAUGCUGAACCAUGAGGCAGCUCUCCACAAAGACCUCCUCCAGUGGGACUACAGAGACACCUUCUUCAACCUCACAGUGAAGGAGGUCCUCUUCCUGGAGUGGUUCAGUCAAAACUGUCCCCAUGCCCAGUUCAUCCUCAAGGGGGACGACGACGUAUUUGUGAACACAUUACGGAUUAUUGAGCUCCUGCAGAACAUUUCACAGAGCAGAGCUAAGGAUCUUUUCAUUGGGGAUGUAAUCAGUAACGCAGGUCCACAUAGGAACCGGAAAUUAAAGUAUUUUAUACCAGAGAGUGUGUUUGCGGGGCAAUAUCCACCCUACGCAGGAGGAGGAGGGUAUCUAUACACCGGAGUGUUAGCGCUUCAGCUUUACAAUGUGUCUCAGCAGGUCGUAUUAUAUCCCAUAGAUGAUGUCUACACUGGGAUGUGUCUGAAGAAGCUUGGUUUGGUUCCUGAGAAGCACUCAGGCUUCAGGACGUUUGGCAUUGAGAAGAAGUACAGAGACAACCCGUGCGUGUACCGGAGCCUGAUGCUGGUUCACAGCCUGACGCCUCAGGAGAUGCUGAGGAUAUGGCAUUGGAUUAUCCAUCCUGAGCUGCACUGCCAGUGAACACCUGAAUUCACAUUUUAUGUAGGUCAAAUAUAGGGCUUUUCCUGACUCCAAAUACAUUUUGAUGCAAACCAGAUUUAGCUGUCAAUCAACAAAAGAUUAAUGUUUUUUUCUAUAGACUUCCAAUGUCCAGAUUGUACCGCCCUUUCUGCACGUUCCAAUGUACAGGAUUUGACAGCCAGAUAACACUCAAACAAAAGUCCUCCAAUAAAAACACAAGGCUUGUCUUUUCUUGAUUUU